AUGCCUGGGCAUUUCAUGACGAUGCAAGAACUUCACGUCGAGUUUAUAGAUUGGGAGGCGCCACUCGCGAAGACCAUUGGUUUCAGUCGGGGCGGCGAAAACUAUCCUCGCUACGAAUUCGAUGUCCCACCUGCAGGACCGAUGCAGAUCAUGACGCGAUGCUCGCCUCAGCCCCUCCUGUUCCUGGCUCUCCGUACCUUGGACUGGCUGCACACUUUCAUUAUCCAUGAUUCAGGCCCUUACAUUGCGUGCGAGGACUUUUGGACUUGCGCUUGUCUCUACAUUGGUCCUCAGCUCAAGAAGGUCGCCAUAGACUUGACCAUCCCCUGCCCGCAUGUUUCAGGAGAAGACUGGAAUGCAGAACUCAUCAAAUUCAUGGCGCAGAGUGCCCAGAGAUUACUGAGAUGGACAUUGAUGCCACUGGAUGAGGAAGUACUGGACCUCUUCUCUCUACCACAGAAUGGCCCUCCUCGCUGGCCUGCCAAUUUGUACGGCUCGAGCCAUUCUUCCACUCUGAAGGAGCUAUGCGUGCUUCUGACUCGUGAUACUUGGUCUUCAAUCUCUCUCGGUUCUCGCGUUCAAGCGCGCUUCGCCACACACCGGAAAUUGGAGAUCCGGACACAAGACCUGACAGCGUUCAAUGAUCUAGCGAAUGGCAAAUUUAUGUUCCCACAAGUGGAGACAUUCAGCAUUGACUGCUCCUCGUUCCCAUCUGCAUCUGAGGUCGAUGCAUUCUUCAACGCUCUACAGGAUCUAUUCUCGCCUUCGCGACUCCAGUGUCUAUCUAUGGAGACAAGUCCCUGGGAAGAUCAAUGGCGCAGCAACACUAUCUCGUCUUGUGGUGGUACUCUGCGGCGCGACCAUCUGCGCAAACUUCUUGCUUUCCGCAGAAAUCACCCUCCCGAACGUCUCGACCUAAAAUGGGUACUCAUCGACGAACAUGUCUCCGAGGUCGCAACGCUGUUGGGAAAACUCCUUCCUAAUCUCAAGAUUGACACGAAUAUCUCCGGCGACUUCAAGAACGAGCUCAAGUCGACACUAGAAGGACCUACAGAAGACGAAGCGGAUACUCCAUCCGAAGCCUAG